AUGACAGAACUCCACGAAGCUGUGGCUUUGGGGGACUAUAACCGGGUGGAGGAGAUUUUGAAGACAGGGCGCUGUGACCCAAACCACAAGGAUGUCGACUGGCAUGACAGGACCCCGUUGCACUGGGCUGCUGCCAUAGGGCAAUCAGAGCUGGUGAAGCUCCUUGUGGAUCACGGCGCCCGGCACUGCCUGCGGAGCCGCGUGGGCUGGACUCCAGCUCACUUUGCUGCCGAGUCGGGGAGAUUGGGGGUGCUCCACACCCUUCAUUCCCUGCAUGCUGCCAUGGACGCGGCUGACCUGUUCGGCGACACUCCCAAGAGGCUUGCGGAAAUCUACGGGCACCAGGACUGCAUCAGGUUCUUGGAAAAGUGA